AUCUAAAACAGAGGUCUACCGGCCGUGUAUAUAAUCUCCCGAGUUUCAGUUCUUGGCAUCAGUAGUGUGCUCGACUGCCGCACUGAACAAGACCAAAGGCAAACCCGGGAUAUGAAAUUAGUAUUUUUGACGGCGUUCAUCGCCGCCAUCGCGGCAAGUCCGGUGGUAGAGAACGCGAAAUGGCCGUGGCUGGUGGGACAGCAAUAUACCUAUGACGUUCAGACCUUAGGAUGGACCAAAUUCGAAAACAGCAACAGCACUGGCAGUGGCUUCUCAGCCAAGCUGGUCAUCCGCGUCAAGGCCCCAGGUCAACUCGUGGCCAAGCUUCUGAACCCUUCAUACGGUCAAUUCAACCAGCCCUUCGAGCUUAACGAUGAUGUCCCUGAGUUUGAGGUUGAUGAACUCAACCAUCUAGACCAACCCAUCGAGAUCUUCGUCGACGGAGGCCGUGUUCUCUCCCUGAAAGUACCCUCAAAACUUUCUGCUUACAAUGAGAACUUAUACAAGGGUCUUAUCAGUGCCCUGCAAGUCGACUUGUCCACCACCGGCCAUGUCCACAAUUUCCCCAGCAGCUAUGACAAGGAAAGCUUCCAAGGUCUCUUUAAAAAGAUGGAAACUGACGUCACUGGUGAGUGUGAAGUUUUGUACACUGUUUCACCUUACUCCGCUGAAGUGCGCCGUUUGUUGCCCGACUUUGCUGAAGAGGAGGACGUAGUCGAGGUUGCUAAGAGCAAGAACUAUGGUGCUUGCAACAGAGAACGUGGUGUUGCCUAUGGUUUGCCUGAGGGCGCUGUGUGGCAAGGAAUUGCUGAAGGUAACGAUGAGAAACAGUUGAUCGACCACUCUUCUCAAGGACGCAUUAUUGUUGGCAAGAAGGGAUCAAUCUACAAAGCUGAGGUUUUGAGCUCCGUGUUUGUCAACCCACUUCUGUUCGGAAAACAGAAAGCUGAAGUCUACAGUUAUGUCUCACUCUCACUGUCUUCUGUCGAGAAAGCAGACGACACUGAAUGGAAGAACGCUGCAGAACUACGUGAAGUUGAUUCCCUUCUGUACGUCGACAGCGACGCAUCUUUCCCCACUCUUGAAAACGCUGUUGUCAACGCCCAAAGAGUGCUCCAAGGUAUCACUCCUUUGCUCCAAGAUCCCAGCAACCUUUCAAAGAAUGAUUUCCUUACGAAGUUCAACACCCUCGUUCGUCUCAUCAUGUCUAUGGAGCCAAAACAACUGGCUAAAUUGACUAGCAGUGUUGAUGUUGCCAAGUCUUCAAACAAUGCCGCUAAGAGUAACAUGUGGAUUAUCUACCGUGAUGCAGUUGCACAAGCUGGCAGUAUUGCAGCGUUCAAAGAAAUCCAGAACUGGAUUCUUAGCAAAAAAAUUCAAGGCGAAGAAGCCGCUGAGGUUAUUGCUUCCGUAGCCAGCAGCCUUACCUUCCCCGUGAAGUGGAACGCAGAAGAAUUCGUCGAACUCGCUUUCAACCCUGUGGUUGUCGAACAAAAGUACCUUAACACUACUGCUUUAUUGGCUGCCACUAAAUUCGUUCGUACGAGCAAACAACACAUAGUUGCGGUAGAAAAGGUCAUCCCACGUCUCUCCGAGGAACUGAAAAAGGCCGUCGAAGCCGGCGACAGCCACAAAGCCCAAGUUUACAUCAGAAGUCUUGGUAACUUGGCUAUCCCUGAAAUCCUAGAGGUCUUCGCUCCUUACCUAGACGGUACCAUUCCUACCAGCAAGUACCUCCGCAUCCAGAUUGUCAUCAGUCUUAAAACUUUAGCUAACUUGAAGGAUGACUUCGUACGCGCUGUGCUAUUCAGCCUGUUGAAGAACACCGCUGAACCUUACGAAGUCAGGGUAGCUGCUGCCCUCAACAUCUUCUUGUCUUUCCCCGACGUCGACAUGCUGCGUUUGAUGGCUAUCAUGACACAGUACGACCCUAGCACUCAAGUUCGUGGAGUACUUGCUACCAGCAUUGGUUUUGCCGCUAACCUGAAGGACCCACGUUUUGCUGAGCUCGCUAAGAACGCUAAAAGCGUGUUGAAGUUCGUCGCCAAAGAGAAGUACGGAUACCGCUACUCAGGUGACAGCAUUAUUGAUGAGUACACCAACAACGAAGAAAUCGCCCACUUCAGGGAGCUGUCCUUUAUCGGCAGUGUUAACAAUGGCCUGCCCAUCUACCAAAGAAACGCCCUGAGGUUGAGAGGCACUGGACUGACCGAAGAAAACUGGUUCACCCUUUCCGUGUCCGAUGUACAACGUUUAUUCGACUUCGUUAAGGACUUCCUUUUCGUAAACAACCAACCGAAAACUGAACUGAAAUUCUCAGCCAAAGAGGUAGCUGAAAAACUGAACAUCAAACGUGAUUCCUUCAAACCUGUUGAAGCAGCUUACUUCCUUGACAACUUGAACCAGCAAAGGCUUUUCACUUUCUCCGAAUCUGAAUUCGCCGAAUUGUUCGGACAAUUUGAGUCUGUCGCCGCCAAACUGUUGACUGGUGUUGAGACACAGUUCACCAAGGUGAUCGUUGACAAGCAAGUAACAGUUGUUUUCCCCAUCGCUUCGGGUUUGCCUUUCGUCUUCACAUACAGUGAACCCAUUGUUUUCAACCUACAAGCUAAGGCUAGCUCAAAAUUGGCAUACAACUUGAAUGUUGACGUUAACUUUACCUACGCAAGAAACUUGGAUGGAAGUGCUGGAUUCUUCGAUUCGUUUACUGGAACAUUCGCCACUAGUGGUGUUGUCAACAAGCUGCAAUUCUACAUUCCUGCUAAGUUCAACGUCAAAGGAAAGUCUGGAGAUAUUAAACUGGCAUUUGAACUUCCCGAAAAUGACGUUAACCUCUUCCAUUUGAGUGUGUCGCCCUACGUCUCAAGGCCGCUCUUGCUUUCUCCAGUCUCAAUCUUCGAGGAUGAAGAUACUAAAAUUGUUGGUCGCUCUAAAAAUGUUGUGUCCGUUGACGCUCGUUUUGCUGAACUUGCUGGUGUUGGACUGUACCUGCACGGACACUCAGACUCAACUGAUUACAAUAAAUUAUUUGAUGCUGAUAUUCUGACUAACGUGCGCGAUUUACUGUACCAGAAAGAUAUCGCUUGCACCAAUUUCGACCUGGUAUAUGUAGCUAAGGACACCAAAAACAAGGAAGUUACUACAACAAUCUUCUAUGAAACUAAAUACAACCAGAAGGUGGCCGGUGAAUUAGGCGCAGCUGCCAUCAUCCCUAAUGACAUCGCUUUAAACAGUGACAAGCGUCGCCAGGAGCUGUCCAAGCGCGUCGCAUCAGGCAUUGAGGCCGCUAAAGUUCGUCUUCUUGAUGUUAGCACCGUGUUCGAUGGCCAAGCGAAAACAGAGUUCGUAUUCACUGGUGCAUGGGCCAACAGUGUAUCUGACAACAAAGUGCAAGCCGCUAUUUUCGCUAGUGGUUCGGAACAAGUAAAUGCCGUAUUCAAGUUAAUCAAGCCUAAGAUUGCCCCCUUAAACUUUGAAGACGCCAUCAAUAACGAAAUCAAGGUUCAAUACGAAGCCGACUUCAAAUUUGGAACGUCUGACAACAUUAAACUUAAAGGUACAGGUGAAAGAAGCAACGAAUACACCCAAAGAUUGGUAAGAGAUCCCCUGGCUCAAGAAUGCGUGGAAGACUUAACCACCAAAAAUAACUUCUACCAAAAGAGCUGCUAUAAACUGAUCUUGAAGGCACAUGCCCCCGAUCACUUCAAAGCCACUGUAUCAUACAAAGAGAUUAACCCUGCUUUAGUGCAGGCUACUGAUGCCCUGUACGAGGUCUACAAACAUUUCACCACUUGGAAUGAAGAAGAGGACUACACAAAGACUCUCAAGGAUGGUACCAUCGAACUUGAAGCUAAGGCAUACUACUACGACAACUACAUCGAUUAUAAAUUCAAUACUAAAUAUGGAGUUUUCGAAAUCAACCACGCUGAGGGUCAGUCUCACUACCCCUACACCAUGGCUAUCUACGCACCUACUACAAACUGGGAGCGUUCCUACAACUGGUUCACUGGCUACCAAACUAUGCCCUACUGUGCCGUGGACACCAGCGAGAUCCACACCUUCAGCGGCCGCAACUACGGCUACAGCCUCACCGGAUCCUGGCACGCAGUGAUGCUCGACGAGAUCAACCAGUUUAACAAACUCGUGAUCCUCGCCAGAAGACCCAAAGAAAAUGAGGAGGAAAUCUACUUCUCUUACACAACCCCAUCUGGUAAAUACCUGGAAGCGUACAUCACACCUGAUGGUGUUGAGGUACAGACCGACGCUUUAAAGCUGACAGAAGAUGACCAGGACCACACCAUUUACUGGGACAGCGCUACUGAUUCUGCCCUCUUGGAGUACUACCCUGUUGCCAAAGGCAUUCAAGUAUUCACCAUCGACGGUGAAGCUAUUCGCAUUGUGUAUGACAACCAGAGGCUGGUGAUCUUCACUGCUGAACACCGCAGCACCACCAGGGGUAUCUGUGGCCAGAGCUCCUCUGAGGACCGUGACGACUACCUGACUCCCUACGGCCUGGUCGACGCUGACGGCCUUUACGGUGCGUCCUUCGCUUUAAGCACUGAGGAUAGUGACCCUAAGACUGAGGAGUUGAAGAAGGAAGCUAAGCUGAAGGCAUACCAGCCUGUCACCAAGUACACCAACAUCCUCCGCUCUGACGCCGAGUGGAGCAAGGUUGCCAACGAAUCCGUUAAGGAAAUGAAGUUGUUGGUAUUGGCGGCGUUUAUCGCCGUCGUUUCCUCCGGGAAACUGAGCGAACAGCAGCAGGACAACCAAUGGCCGUGGCAAUCUGGCAAACUUUACCGCUAUGAGGUGAACUCGCACACCCUGGCGCGCCUGCAUGAGGGCGCCAGCUCCGGCAACGCUUUCAAGGCCCAGUUCAUCGUGCGCGUCAAGUACCCAGGCCGCCUCCUGGCCAAGUUGGAGAACCCAGUCCAUGCUCAGUUCAACCAGCAGCUGCCCAACAACAUGGCCGUACCUUCCGACCUCAAGUAUGAAACCGUACAAAACCUGGACAAGCCUUUCGAGAUCUCCGUCGAAGGUGGCCGCGUGGUUGCCCUAAGUCUGCCCUCUGCGUUCUUACUUUCUCACGAGAACUUACUCAAGGGUCUGCUCAGCACACUCCAAGUGGACCUGUCUGCUUACCACCAUGUGCACAACCACCAGGAUAGCUACGACAAGGAACGCCAGCAGGGUCUCUUCAAAAAGAUGGAGACUGAUGUAACAGGCGACUGUGAAACUUUAUACACCGUCUCCCCUGUAGCCGCUGAAUGGCGACGAGAGCUUCCACGUUUCGCAAAUGAAGAGGACCCCAUGGAAAUCGCCAAGAGCAAGAACUACGGUCACUGCCACCACCGCGUUGCUUACCACUUCGGAGUACCUGAAGGUGCUGAAUGGACUGGAACUGCUCACCGCAGUGAAGAGAAACAGUUCAUCGCGCAGUCCACCGUCUCCCGCAUCCUUGCCGGUAAACAGGGUCCAAUCUACAAGGCCGAAACCACCAGCACUGUGAGCGUACACCCCCACUUAUAUGGAAAGCAGAAGGCGCAGGUACACAGCUACGUCCAGUUGAUCUUAGUCUCAGUUGAACAGGACAGUGGAGUUGAAUGGCAAAAACCAGAGGGAACCCGUCAAAUCAAGACCCUUUUGUACGCCAUGACUACCAAACAAAUGGCUAUCCAUGACCAGUCCUCUUCACAGGAGUCUUCUGAAUCUCACGAACACAUUCAUGUAGAAGUUGAACAACCGAAAAGCAGAGCUCGCCGCUCUUCAGACCGUCAACAGCAAGAGUUCAACAAGGACUGGAGGUCUUCGAGUUCCAGCGACUCUUCAUCAGCCUACAUCAACGACGAUCUUCCCAGGAUUAACGAACCAGCGUACGCUGCUCUCUACAUGAGUGCUCAAUCGCGCGGAGACAAGAAACAGAACACGAUGAACGCCCAAAAACUGCUCCAGGACAUCGCUCAGCAGCUGCAGAACCCUAACAACAUGCCGAAAGCUGAUUUCCUGUCCAAGUUUAACAUUCUCGUCCGCAUUAUUGCUUCCAUGAGCAGCGAUCAGCUUGCCCAAACCAGCCGCGGUAUUGAAGUUGGUAGGACCUCAAACAACAAUGUCAAGGUUGACAUGUGGAUGAUAUUCCGUGACGCUGUUGUGCAAGCCGGCACUCCCCCAGCCUUCCUUCAAAUCAAGACAUGGAUCCUGAACAAAAAACUCCAGAAUGAGGAAGCCGCUCAGGUGAUUUCUACUUUGGCAAGAACUCUGCGUUACCCUACCAAGGAAAUUAUGAUUCAGUUCUUCGAGCUUGCCAUGAACCCAGUGGUCCAAGAGCAAGAGCGUCUUAACACCAGUGCUUUAAUCGCUGCGACGAAGUUCAUCUACAUGGGUCAAGUUAACAACGAAACCGCCCACUACUACUACCCCUCUCACAUGUACGGCCGUCUCGCCCGCAGAAACGACAGAUUCGUCCUGGACGACAUCCUUCCCCGUCUCUCCGAGAAGUUGCAACAAGCUAUUGAAAAGCAAGAAUGGAGCAGGGCCCAGGUUUACAUCAAGGCAAUCGGCAAUUUAGGACACCGUGAGAUCUUACAAGUAUUUUCACCUUACUUGGAGGGUCGUAUCCAGGUCCCUACAUACCUGCGUGUGCAAAUGGUUGUACAGCUGCGUUCCCUGGCUCACCAGAAGGAUAAGUACGUGCGCGCUGUGCUCUACAGCAUCUUGAGGAACACUGCUGAGCCCUAUGAAGUGCGAGUGGCUGCUAUCCUUAACAUAUUCAUGGCCCACCCGACCGCCGAGAUGAUGCAAGUAAUGGCUCAGAUGACUAACGAAGACCCCAGCGUUCAAGUGCGUGCUGCACUCAAGAGUGGUAUCGUGUCCGCUGCUGACCUGAAAGAUCCUCACUUCUGGCAUCUGUCAAGAACUGCGCAAACUGUAAGGCAUAUUGUAACCAAGGAGAACCUUGGCACUCGCUACUCCAACAAAUUCUUCGAAGACAACUACGUCAAUGAAGAUGAACAAGGAUCCUUCAGUGCUGUCUCUUACAUCGGUGGUGACAGCAAGGCUAUGCCCAAGUACCAGACUUACUCUUGGAGGGACCAAAUUAGCGGAUGGGGCUUUGACACCAUUGGUGCUUCAUUCUCCGACGCCCAAGAAAUUGUUGAUUUCCUUAAGCAGAUGAUGUACGAGCCUCUCGUGUCUAACGCCAACCACAAAUACACCGCCCAGAAGAUUUCUGAAAUGCUGAAAAUCAAGCGCAACCCUCAGAGCCCUCUUGAGGGUGCUUUCUUCUUCAACAUUGCUAACCAGGAACGUUUCUUCAGCUUUGAUGAGAGUGACCUUAUCAGACUGGUGCAAGACGUCAUGGAGUACAUGAAAGAAUUAGAGCAAGGUGUAGACAAGCACUACACUAAGGUAUUCAACGCACACCAAGUGUCUGUCAUGUUCCCCGUUGCCUCCGGUAUGCCAUUCAUCUACAAAUACAAGGAACCUAUCGUCAUCCACAUCCAGAGCAAGGCCAAGGGCAAGAUGGACCGUGACCCCCAGACCCGCAAAUAUUUAACAUCUACCAUGGACAAGGAACUCCAAAUCACGAUUGCCAGAAACAUCGAUGGGAAUGUUGGUUUCAUGGACACUCUUAGCAACCAGCUUGCCAGUGCUGGAGUGGUCAGGAAAUACCAAGUGAACGUGCCCGUUAAGAUGAGCAUCCAGAUGAACGCUGGAGUAAUGAAGAUGAAGGUUGAACCUCUGCGCCCUGACCAAGAUUACAUGAUCGCUCAUUUCAGCGUUUGGCCGUACACUGCCAUCCAGAAGAAGGAUACCUUAGUGCCCUACUCUCAAGAUCCAACAACCAAAAUUGUAGAACGCCUUAGGAAAGUCGCAUCCACUGAUAUGAAAUUCGGCCAACAAAUCGGCACUAUUUUCCAACUGCAAGGAUACUCCUACUCAGCCGACUACAGGAAUGCCGGCAAUCUGCUGCAGACCCUAUACAAAAUGGACGACUUACUGGCUGUAAGAGACAUCGCUUUGACCCACUACAACUUGAGAUAUCUUGGCAAACAAUCGCAGAACAAGGUUCUCACUUUAACUGCUGCUUAUGACCAACUCUUCAACCAGAAGCAGAGUGGUGAAUUAGGACAGGCCGACAAGAGGAAGGACGUGACACCUAACAGCGAAGCCCGCCGCGAGGAGAUGCUUAAACGUGUAUCUGCCGGAAUCAACAAUGCUAGAGCUCAAGUGGUAGACUUCAGCGCAACCUUCGAGGGCCCCCAGAAACAGGAGUACGUCUUGACCGCUGCCAUCGCCAAGAGCCCCGUCGACCUUAAAAUCCAGUCUGCUGUGUUCGCUGGAAGAAACUCAGUUCAACAGGGUAACGAACAGAUCAACGCUGUCGUCAAGGUAACCAAACCUGAAAUAUCUGCAUUGAACUUCUUGGAAGCUCUGAAGAAGGAUGUCAAGAUGACCUAUGAAGCUGACAUUAAGUACGGUCAGGAUGGAAACAUCCACAUUCAGGGUAACACUGAGCGCACCAAGAAAUACACUGAACUGCUUCAGAAGCAUCCUUUGGCUAAGCUGGUGCAGGAACAAAUCGCCAACGGCAAUCAAUACCAGCUUGCUUCCCACAAGAUGCUGAUCAAGGCCUAUGCCCCUGACAGCCUUAAAGCUUCAGUGACCUACAAGAAUGUAAGCCCAAUGUUCAUGAACUGGACUUCCCAAGCAUACAACAUCCUUAAGCAACUGAGCUGGAAUGCUGAUGUGAACCCAAUGAAGAGAGUCGCUGACGGCAAGCUGCAGUUAGAUGUUCAGACUUCCUACGUGGACCAGACCCUUCGUUUUGAAAUGACCUCCCCCUCCGGAGUUCUUCGUUUCGACAAUGUGCUCAUUCCUAAGUUCACUCCCUACAUGGUGUCUCUGUACUACCCCUUCAGUAUGACUGAACGUUUCGCCAACUACUACUCCAGCUACCAAUACCAGCCUUUCUGCUCCAUUGAUGGCAGCCAAGUGAGGACUUUCAGCAACCGUUCCUACGACUACGAGCUGUCUAAGUCUUGGCAUGUAGUUAUGCGCGAGGAGUACAACAAAAUCCGUGGCAAGUGGGACGAUCUCGUCAUCCUUGCAAGGAGACCCAGCCAGCAGCAGCAGGAGAUCUACAUCUCAUACAAAACCGAAACUGGCAAGGAUCUUGAAAUUGAGAUUCAACCGGCCCAGUCUGCGCAAGCUAAAGUGCAGGUGAAGAGCAACAGCAAGAAGAUCUCCGAAGGAGACCUGACCAUCUACUGGGAUGACGUUGCAGAGGCUCCCCUUCUGCAGUACUUCACCACUCCUGAUGGCGUACUGAUGCUCAACAUCCGCGAUGGCCGCCUCCGCGCUAUGUACGAUGGACAGCGAUUGGUGCUCACGACCCAGGACUACCGCACGACCACCAGAGGUAUCUGCGGCCAGAACAGCGGCGAGCUCCGUGAGGACUACGAAACCCCCAACGGUCUGGUUGACCUGCCCGAGCACUAUGGAGCCUCCUACUCUCUCGAUGUUGAAGACAGCGACCCUAAAACCCAAGGACUGAAGAAGGAAGCUCAAGAGAAGGCAUACCAGUCUACUCCUAAAUACACCGCGAUCCUCCGCUCUGACGAGCAGUGGCUGCAGGCCAUCAGACAAAGGGACGAGGAAUGGAGCACACCCAAUGUAUACAGGACUAGGAGUUACCUGAAGAAGCGUGGCCAGUGCCAGCUGGUGCAGCAAGUUCAGUACCAUGAGAACCAUGGUGAAAUCUGCAUCACCACCACCCCCUUACCCUCCUGCCAGUCCCACUGCCACGGAGAAGGUUACAAGGUCCAAGCUGCGCAGGUGAUCUGCCAGUCUAAGGCUGACCAGCAGUUCAGGACUUACAGAAACCAGAUCCAACAGGGACAGAACCCUCAGGUCACUGGUGUUCCUAAAGUAGAGCAGUACAGGGUACCCACAUCCUGCAAGGCUUAAAAAUAUUACCACCUUCUUCCUUAUUAGUAACUUACCUACCUACCUUAUCCAACCGACCGAAAAUACGGCCUGAAAAUGGACUUCGAUUAUAAUACUGUAUGAUAUUGUUACAUAAUUAUGGUAUAUAUUUAUUUCAUAUAUAUUUUUUAAAACUUUUGGCUGUAUUAUAUUUAUAUAUUCGAAAUUCAUUGUCGUAUUAUUAU